GGGAGUGUCACGGGGUCUUGCUCUCCGGCCUCGGGCGUGUCGCCGGGCAGUGUCAAAGCGCGGGGGUGGGCUGCUUCUAGGCCCAGCCCCCCUCAAUGGCUGCAGCCUGGCUGCCGGGGAGCGCUGCUCGCCCUGCCGGUGUGUGAGGGGCCGUGUGCCCGGGGACCUGGCUCUGGGCGCGGGGAGAGGAUGAGGGGGCGGUGCGGAGAAGGGCCCCGGACGGUGGUGCUGGCGGCUCUGGUGCUGCUGCUGGUUUCCACCCGCUGGGAGGGUGCGAAGGCGCGUCCUGUGGCUUGGGGACACCUCGGCGCUGGCAGCAGCCAGAGGGCGCGCAACGUGGUGAUGGUGAUGUGUGAUGCCUUUGAUGGAAGGUUGACAUUUUAUCCAGGAAAUCAGACCGUGAUCCUACCUUUUAUAAAUCUCAUGAAAAGAUAUGGCACUGUUUUUCUCAAUGCCUACACCAAUUCUCCAAUAUGUUGUCCUUCUCGUGCAGCUAUGUGGAGUGGCCUCUUCACUCAUUUAACAGAAUCUUGGAAUAACUUCAAAGGUUUAGAUCCAAAUUAUACAACAUGGAUGGACCUGAUGCAAAAGCAUGGCUACCGAACUCAGAAAUAUGGGAAACUAGAUUAUACUUCGGGACAUCACUCAGUGAGUAACCGUGUGGAAGCUUGGACAAGGGAUGUUGAUUUCCUGCUCAGACAAGAAGGCAGACCCAUGGUGAAUCUUACUGGCAACAAGACAUUUGUGAGAGUAAUGGAAGAAGAUUGGCAGAAUACUGAUAAAGCAGCAAGUUGGAUAAGGAAAGAAGCCACUAACUUUAGUCAACCAUUUGUUCUUUACUUGGGAUUAAAUUUACCACAUCCAUACCCGUCACCCUCUACAGGGGAAAAUUUUGGGUCCUCUACAUUUCUAACAUCUCCCUAUUGGCUUGAAAAGGUGACAUAUGAAGCCAUUAAAAUUCCAAAAUGGCCUCCUCUUUCAGACAUGCACCCAGUAGAUUAUUAUUCUUCUUACACCAAGAAUUGCACUGGGCAGUUUACAAGGAAAGAAAUCAGAGAUAUCAGAGCAUUUUAUUAUGCUAUGUGUGCAGAGACGGAUGCCAUGCUUGGUGAGAUCAUUUCAGCUCUAAGUGAUACAGGACUUCUUAAAAGAACCAUUGUUAUAUUCACAGCAGAUCAUGGAGAACUUGCUAUGGAACAUCAGCAGUUUUAUAAAAUGAGCAUGUAUGAAGCAAGUUCCCAUGUUCCUCUUCUAGUUAUGGGGCCAAACAUUAAAGCUCAUCAUCACCUAUCAAAUAUGGUAUCUCUUGUAGAUAUUUAUCCAACUAUGCUUGAUAUAGCUAGAAUUCCUAUCCCGCAGAAUCUCAGUGGAUAUUCCUUGAUACCAUUGUUGGCUGAAAUGGCAGAAGAUGAAGUCUCAUCCAGAAGGCUGCACCCCACAUGGAUCCUGAGUGAAUUUCAUGGAUGUAAUGCGAAUUCUUCCACCUAUAUGCUUCGAACUGACAAAUGGAAAUAUAUAGCAUAUUCAGAUGGGCAUUCAGUACCUCCUCAGCUCUUUGAUCUAUCUGCUGAUCCAGAUGAACUGGCAAACAUAGCCACAACAUUUCCAGAAGUCACAUAUUCCUUGGACAAAAAGCUUCGCUCCAUAGUAAACUAUCCAAGAAUCUCUGCCUCUGUGCACAAGUACAACAAGAAGCAAUUUAUCAACUGGAAACAAAGUUUGGGACAGAAUUAUUCCAAUGUUAUAGCUAAUCUCAGAUGGCAUCAGGACUGGUCAAAAGAACCAAGAAAGUAUAAAGAUGCAAUUCAUAGGUGGCUCCAAAUGAACACUAAUGAAUAAAGUAACUGCAACAAGGGAUUAUUGACUGCCCUUAUAGUAACAAUUUCUAUUAAAUGAGCACACUGAACGCACUCAGGAAAUGAAUAUAUGCAGUUGUAAUUGCAACACUAUAUAAUUCAUAACAUCACAAUUUGUUUGCUAAUUUAAGAUAGCAAUCCAUGAAAAUAAAGCUCACACAAGCUAUUA